CGGGCUUGUUGCUGGGAGGGAGGGGGAAGAUUGUUUGCGGUGGAGGAGCUCAGUGUACGGGAAGGUAAACUGAGCUCCCCGGAGACUGUCGCCCCGCAGCCUCGGUUCGGGCCCAGCCUUCCUCUCCAGCUGCCACCACAGCCUGGAGGCGCCUGCCUCCGCCCUCCCGAAUGGUGCUACUCCUCGCAGGCCUCGGCCCGGGAUCCCAGCCCCCUUUGCCCCCCGCCUCGGAGCGGUUGCUCCGGGUCGCCCCUGGUGGACUCCCCGUGACGGGCAGGGAAGGACUUCUCCACAGACGAGGCUGUAGCUCCAGGAACCCCGCCGACGACUUGAAUCUUGGCCUCUAAUCCAGUGUGAGGUUAUUCCUCUGUCCCCUUUUCCACCCGCCGAGAAGAGAAACCCUUCUUCCUGCUCCCAGAGCCCGGGAAGCCCCAAGCUGGGGCCCUGGUCCCAGCAUGUCAGUCCUCUCUUGUGCAUAGGGCUGUGCCCUCUCCCCGUUAGCAUGGCUGAAUUCAGGCCGGUUCCGGGGGGGCGGGAGACCCCGCAGGGGGAGCUGCGCUCUGAGGUGGUGGAGGAUGAAGUCCCUCGGAGUCCAGUCGCAGAGGAGCCGGGAGGAGGCGGGAGCAACAGCAGUGAGGCCAAACUGUCUCCGAGAGAAGAGGAAGAACUGGAUCCUCGAAUACAGGAAGAGCUAGAGCAUCUGAACCAGGCCAGCGAGGAGAUCAACCAGGUGGAGCUGCAGCUGGAUGAGGCCAGGACCACCUAUCGGAGGAUCCUGCAGGAGUCAGCAAGGAAGCUCAACACGCAGGGUUCCCACUUGGGGAGCUGCAUCGAGAAGGCCCGGCCUUACUAUGAGGCUCGACGUCUUGCUAAGGAGGCCCAGCAGGAGACCCAGAAGGCAGCACUGCGGUACGAGCGGGCGGUGAGCAUGCACAACGCCGCCCGGGAGAUGGUGUUUGUGGCUGAGCAGGGAGUCAUGGCCGACAAGAACCGGCUGGACCCCACGUGGCAAGAGAUGCUCAACCACGCCACCUGCAAGGUGAACGAAGCGGAGGAGGAGCGGCUUCGUGGUGAGCGGGAGCAUCAGCGGGUGACUCGGCUGUGCCAGCAGGCUGAAGCUCGGGUCCAAGCCCUGCAGAAGACGCUCCGGCGGGCCAUUGGAAAGAGCCGCCCCUACUUUGAGCUCAAGGCCCAGUUCAGCCAGAUCCUGGAGGAGCACAAGGCCAAGGUGACGGAGCUGGAGCAGCAGGUGGCCCAGGCCAAGACCCGCUAUUCAGUUGCCCUGCGCAACCUGGAGCAGAUCAGCGAGCAGAUUCAUGCCCGGCGCCGGGGCCAGCCCCCUCAUGGCCCGGGCCAGCGGCGCUCCUCCCCCGUGGGGGCAGAGGCUGGGCCUGAUGGUGGGGAGGACGGGGACAGUGGGAUCAUUGAGGGGGCUGAAGGCGGGGGCCUGGAGGAGGGUAGUAGCCUGGGGCCUGGGCCUGCCCCGGACACAGACACACUUAGCCUGCUGAGCCUGCGCACGGUGGCCUCGGACCUGCAGAAGUGUGACUCGGUGGAGCACCUGCGGGGCCUCUCAGACCACACCAGUCUGGACGGCCAGGAGCUGGGCUCCCGGGGCGGGGGCCGGGGGGGCCGCCACCAGCGAAGCAUCAGCCUGUAGUCCACGCUCAGGGUGGCUCGUUCUCUUCAGCACCACUGGCCCGUGUAGGGCCAGACAGGCUCCAAGCUACCUCUCCUCAGGUCCUCGCUUCCCUUGGAGAGGUCAGGUUGGCCCUUGUCUCUGGUGGAUUUCUCCCUGUCCCUGCCCUCCCAGUUCCCUCCUUGCAGGUGGCAGCUCUCUUUGCCUUACCCCUUCAGAAGGCUUCUCUCUGGCUCUCACGUUUGCCCUCUCCCUGCCAGCUCCUCAUGGUCUGAUGCCGUUUGCUGCCCCCUUUCUGCUUUCCUUCCAUCUGUCUGGCUUUCCCCUCAGGGAACUUGGUCUAGAAGGCACAGGGAAGCCCGUCAGAGAUGCUGGGUCCUGGCAUCUUGGCCCCCUAGCUCGAGGAAAUAGGUGUCCCUUCCACCUCCCCAUGUCCCGAGGGGGUCUAGGGAUGCUACAGAGCUCUUCUGGCAGCCCUGUGCCCUAGGCCUCUGUCCCAGCCUGCCCACCUGGAACCUGUAAAAUGCACUGUAGUACUGUGUGCCUCUGGAAAACACUACCGAUCCCUACAGUGCUCCCUCCUCAUGACCGAAGCCACUUUGCUGUGUCCCGCAAAGCAGGACUGGAAGGGUACCAGUGUCAGAGAAGGUGAAACGCAACCGCACUGUCAACAAAGAGGACCCCCCCCACGCAUUCCAAAUAGGCUCCCAUGCGCAUGGUGUUUCCCCCAGCCGGGCUGGGCCGUUAACAUUGCUAAGGUGCUCGUGGGUCUCUAACAGGGUCCAUGUUGGGAGUUGGACAUGUAAUGAGGUCCUGAUGGUUGAGGCCCUUGCCAUUCCUGCUGCAGAGUUGGGUUUACUUUUUCUGGGUAGAGGAUGUUGAGCUGAAUCUCAGCACCCUCCUGCGGGGUGGAGUUAGGGAAUUUGGUGCUCAGUUGCUCUCCCUCUCUUUCCCAAACCAAACGAUACCUACUCCAGGAUCCCUAGGGGGAAAUGCUCAAGUUUGGCUGCAGAGCCUUCUCUGAUGCAGGGAGGGGUUGCCCUGGGUGAGGGGACCCACCCUCCAUGGGGAGCAGCUCUGGGGGUUUGGUGGUGCUCCGGGCUAUAUGGGGGGAAGGGUGGGGAAGCCACGCCAGAUCUGGGUGCCUUGGGAGAACUGGUCCUUCCUGCUUUCCCACCCUGAGAGGUCUGAGAGCUGGACUCUGGGCAGGAUAGCUUGUGCCUAGGGCACUGUGCUGCUGCCGUCAACUGGGAGGAGUGGGCUUCCACGUGGAGGGUGUCUCCCUCUGCUAAGGUGGUCACUAUGAGAACCACUGGGUUUGAGGUGGCCAUGGUGGAGGGAAGAAAGGGAGGGAGGACGUGGGCCUGUGUGUGUGCGUGUGCUGGGGGAGUGCGUGUGUGAGUGUGAGUGUGAGAGAGAGAGAAGGGUAUGCCCCUGAUUUUAUUUAAAUAAAAUAGUUUA